GUCGGAACCCGAGGCUUCAGGCGAGAGUGCGCGAGACCGUGGCCCAGUGCAGCUGGGGCCCAGCCGGAGCCCUUUCCCGCCGCCUCUUCUCACCCCGUCCCGGCCCAGCCCCCGCCCCCAGCCAGGCCUGGUUCGGCCUCCCCGCGGAGUCUCGCGGCCGCCCCGGGGACGAUGAACGGAGGAUAAAUGGUGCCCAAGGCAGACAGCGGUGCCUUCCUGCUGCUCUUCCUGCUCGUGCUUACAGUCACCGAGCCGCUCCGACCAGAGCUGCGGUGCAACCCUGGGCAGUUUGCCUGUCACAGCGGCAUCAUCCAGUGCAUCCCCCUCCCCUGGCAGUGUGACGGCUGGGUGACUUGUGAGGAUGAGAGCGAUGAAGCCAACUGUCCAGAAGUGACUGGGGAUUCACGUCCUUACCAUGGGAAGGAGGCUGUGGAUCCGAGGCAGGGGCGGGCCCGAGGUGGCGACCCCACCCAUUUCCACGCAGUGAAUGUGGCGCAGCCUGUUCGUUUCAGCAGUUUCCUAGGGAAGUGCCCAACAGGAUGGCACCACUAUGAAGGCACGGCCAGCUGCUACAGGGUCUACCUGAACGGGGAAAACUACUGGGAUGCUGCACAAACCUGCCAGCGCGUCAAUGGCUCCCUUGCCACCUUCUCCACUGACCAGGAGCUGCGCUUCGUCCUGGCCCAGGAAUGGGACCAGCCAGAGCGGAGUUUUGCUUGGCAGGACCAGCACAAGUUGUGGGUUGGCUACCAGUAUAUUGUCACCAGCCGGAACCGCUCCUUAGGAGGCCACUGGGAGGUAGCAUUCAAAGGUUCCUCAGAGGUGUUCCUGCCCCCAGACCCCAUCUUUCCCUUGGCCAUGUCUGAAAGUGACAACGUGUUCUGUGCCCAGCUCCAGUGCUUCCACUUCCCCACCCUCCGCCACCACGGCCUGCACUGCUGGCAUGCUGAGAACUGCUAUGAGAAGUCUUCAUUUCUCUGUAAAAGAAGUCAAACGUGUGUUGACAUCAAGGACAAUGUGGUGGAUGAAGGGUUCUACUUCACCCCCAAAGGAGAUGACCCGUGCCUGAGCUGCACCUGCCAUGGAGGGGAGCCAGAGAUGUGCGUGGCUGCCCUCUGUGAACGGCCCCAGGGCUGCCAGCAGUACCGCAAGGACCCCAAGGAGUGCUGCAAGUUCAUGUGUCUGGACCCAGAUGGGAAUAGCCUGUUCGACUCCAUGGCCAGUGGGAUGCGUCUCAUUGUUAGCUGCAUCUCCUCCUUUCUCAUCCUGUCCCUGCUGCUUUUUAUGGUCCACCGGCUACGCCAGAGACGCCGGGAACGCAUUGAGUCCCUGAUUGGAGCAAACCUGCACCACUUCAACCUUGGCCGAAGGAUCCCCGGCUUUGAUUAUGGCCCGGACGGGUUCGGCACAGGCCUCACACCGCUACACCUUUCUGAUGAUGGAGAAGGCGGGACUUUCCACUUCCAUGACCCUCCGCCCCCCUACACUGCGUACAAGUACCCAGACAUUGACCAGCCUGAUGACCCACCGCCACCCUAUGAGGCCUCCAUCAACCCUGACAGCGUGUUCUACGACCCUGCAGAUGACGAUGCUUUUGAGCCAGCAGAGGCCAGCCCACCGACCCCAGGGCAUGGUGACAGUGACGGUGCAUUGACCCGGCGUCUGGAGCAGCCUCUGCCCACUGCACGGGUCUCCCUGGCAGACCUGGAAGACUCAGCCAACAGUAGCAGUGCCCUGCUUGUGCCCCCUGACCCCACCCAGAGUGGGAUCCCCCCUGCCACAGAGGCACUGCCAGGGGGUGGCUGCCAGAGCCGCAGUUCCCUCAAUACCGUGGUGUAGAGGAUCCCAGCCCAUGGCCUCAAGGGGCAUGGAGCACCUGUUUGCUUUCAAGAAAACUGAUUCCCAUGGAGACUUGAAGGGCCUGAGUGAGCCCGGACUUGGCUGCACUGCUACACCCCCCCGAAGGCGUGCCUGUGCAUCUAGAGAUGGCACCAGCCUCCCAAGGGAGCACCUGCAUCGAGUCUCCUUGAGGGCUUCAAAGACAGACAUAGCUUUGGGUCACUGUCUUUUUCUUUUUAAAUGACAGAAGAAUGAUAAAGUUUGUUCAUACCACACGUUUCAGAAAUAGGGAACAAAGAAGGCACUGUGGGCCUGGGUGGAGGCCAAACCAUAUCCGGCUUUGGUGGGCUUGCUCGUGGCAGUUUGUCGUCCAGGGGAGCCUGCCGCCCACCCACCAAGCCCCAGAGCUGCUGCGGAGCACCUUGCUGGCCACUGCUCAGAAAGGCACUUCCGGGCACCAGUGUUUGUGGACUGUCAGGAUAGUCUAGUCAGUGGGUUGCUACAGUGGCUGCUGUGGGGGUGGCCCCCCACAGGUCCAGCCUGAACAUCAAGGAUGACCCUACCUAGGCUGGAGACUAGCCAGGAGCUCUGGUGCCCAAGACCCUAAGAAUGGGAGCAUGGAAGGAGGUUGAACUCUCCACUCUGUCUUUCCAGCUAGGCUCUGCGAAGCCCAGUUCUAUGCCAGAAAGCCCUAUCCCUAGUUCCUCAGAUUUCUCCCUGACAUUGCUGUGCAUGGCCUCCCCACCAGGAGGCAGCUCUGGAGCUGGGCUGAGGCCCUUAGCCAUGCAUGAGUAUCCUGGCCCUAGAUCCUCUGCUGGGGCUUCGGGGCUAAGCUGGCUCCUCUCUGGAGCCCCCUUCCUAUUGAAUUUGCCCCUGGGCCUGGCCUGCCCCACCCCACCUUUUUUGUGCCAUAAAGGGUUGUUUCUUUGUGGGGAGAGGUGGCUGAAAUUAACAUCCUGGGCUGUGUCCACCUCCUGAAAGUCCACUUGCACACCACCACCACCACUAGAGCUGAGUGCCUGGUGGCUGCAUGCCACCUUCCUGUCCUUAGCAGCACAGAGUGCUGGGUGCCCUGCCCAGGGGCCUUUGACCGAGGGACCCUGUUGCCUACUGGGCAGUGGUUUCGUCUCCUAACACCAGGCUUUUAGCAUUUCUGAGGUUUGGAGAUUAAGCGGGUUCUGUGCGAUUUUUUAGCACAUCCAUAUCUUUUCUACGUUGAAUGUCUAGAUCUUUUUGUGUGCGGGUGUGUCUCUGUGUGUGUGUGUAUGUGUGUGUGUAUAUAUAUAUGUCCAAGUGUUUGCAGGUGGUGAUGGUACAUGAGAACUCAGUCUUUGAUUUUCUGGGCCAGCAUGGCCUUUUGGGUGGCACUGAGUCAUGGUUGAAUCUGUGCCUGUUCUGAGAACAGACCCCAACUCCUGGUUCCUCUUUCAGCCUUUCCAUACCAGCAUGCGGCAAGGGAGAGCUGACUUAAAGUGGGUGCUUCUGUGGUGGUCUGGUGACAGACCUCGGAAGUACAGCCCAGUUCUAGGCACAUUCUCACACUUCAGUUGGAAACUUGUUUUCUUCCAAUGUGGAAUGAGAUUCUUGAAUUGCCCCACAAGGCUGACCAGAGGUGUGUUUUGUCACAACUGUCUGUCCUUGGGCUUGUCCCACAGGAAGUGGUGUGUGCUCCCCUUGCCAAAGGGCUGCUACUUUGAGAAUGGCAUCCUGGGCACGUGUGCCCCACCCUGGCUGCUGAAAACAAAGCAGGAAAUGUGUGGUGCCUCCAAUGUGUGCUGGGCGCAGGGCAGCCGAAUUUUAGAACAGCAGUGACAGGCCUUGUUGGUGUAGGGUUAGGGUCCUGAGUGGGCCUACUUUGAAAUGACCACCCCAAAGGUGCCCUGUAGGAUCUAGCCUCCACAGCACAGGGUCACCCCCAUCCCAUUGUCUAUGGCUCAGGCCUCAACUAUGUACAGGGCAGUUGCUGGCACUAGAUGUGUGGGACUGGGGAACUUUUGUGGACCGAAGGACUGCUGGGGACAGGCAUACUGGAGGUACUAAGGAUAGGGUGGGUCUGCUUCUGGACAGGCCAGGGUUUUGUUAAAGGGUAUUCAGCCCACCGGACAUCUAUGGGUUGGACAGAAGGUUGCCUGCUGCCCACUGUGUCUCCGGGAGCUGGAGGAUGGUUGUGAGGACAUCAGAGGAACAGGUGUAGUCUGCCUGGCUGACUGUGGCCUGUCCAGUCACCACCCUUUGUAAGGUCUGAUUGUGCUCCAUGGUCCAACCCUGGCUGAGACUCUUGUGUUCCUGUGAGAGGAGGGUUCCCCACCCUAUGCACACUGGGCCUCCAGGGGAACAGGCAAGGUCUUGGGAGGGCCUCCUCCCCCAGGACCUGACCUACCUGGUGGAGGUGAGAGUCGAAUCUGUACAUUGUCUCAAUGCCAGUUUUUUAUGUUUUCCUUUCACUAAGGGUUUUUAGUUUGGGUUUACUUUUGGUUGGGUUGGCACUAAUCCUUAAAAUGCUGUGAGAACCAUUUCAUCCAAAUGCCAAAUAAAUUUGUGUUCUGGAAGAGGUGUAGUCCU